AUGAAGUUGCUAACACCCGUUCUCAUCGCCGUAUUGGCUACACUGUCAAGUGCUGCUACCAUUUCUCCUCAAUUGUAUAUUCAAAGCCAAUCCCCCCAUACUACAUCAACCGAUCUUAUCAAUGUGUGCGGCAAUGGCAACGAUUUAUUGACCGUCAAGGAUAUCACUCUUACUCCUGAUCCACCACAGAAGGGUCAGAAUCUUACCAUUGAUUUCAAGGGUAAACUGAAGGAAGAGGUGCCCGAGGGAACAUCCGUAUUGGUGCAAGUCAAGUAUGGUGUGGUGCAGCUUAUCAAGAAGAAAUUCGACUUUUGCGAAGAAGUGAAGAAGGUGGAUGAAGAAUGUCCUAUUCCUGCUGGCGACCUUGUGUUUACCAAGCAAGUUGGUCUCCCCAAGGAAAUUCCUCCAGGUCAUUAUUCUGUACAUGCUGUUGUCACUACUCCCGAUGGUGCUCAAGUCACCUGCUUGGAUGGAAAAAUGAGCUUCCCCCGCAAGUAG